GCUGAUCCAGGCCUCUGCCUCUGCCUCUCCAUUUCGCUCCCUGCUGCUGGCCCAGGGAAAGUCAGGGAGCGCUGUGAUGAACGGUGGUGUUUUUCUGCUGCUCGGGAUGUCUGGGCUCGGUGGCUGUGUGGCAUCGAUCCACCGCAGCAGCUCUUCCCUUUCCUGGCUGUCCAGUUCAGGCAGCAGCUCAUGUUGACCUCCUUCCUCUGCUGCAGUGUCAGUUCCUUCGGUCCCCCCUGUUUGGGUAUCAGCAGGGUCCUGGUUCUGCUGGGGGACCUCCUGAGGACUCGCCACUUCUGAAAAAGCAAGAACAUCCCCAGAAGGAUGAGGACAGCCUUCCCACAGGCACUCAGUGCAGACACCUCCCCGCCAGCUCUGCUGCCCCCAAACUCACCAUUGUUCAUCCAAGUCAGGAGCUCAUCCAUGUCCGGCAUGUCAUCCGGGACGUCAUCCAGGACCUCUGUUUCGGGUGCCAUUUCUGGAAGAGGAAGAAAACCGCCACGGGGGUCAGGAGGUCAUUGACGGCAGUGAUGUCCUCCUGGAUGUCUGAGCUCGUUGUCGCUGCUGGAAAAGCAAGAACACCCCCAGUGAGGCAGCGCCAUCUUUCCCACCGCCACCCAGUGCGGACAGCCUGCCGCCCGCUCUGCAGCCCCAAACUCACCACCUGAUUCCAGCGCUGCGCUGCUGCAGAUGACUACGCCGAUUCUUUUCGUGCCGCUGCCUGGUUGAACCCGGCUUUUGUUCCUGAGGUGAAACCUGGAGGUAAAUCACUGCCAGAACAGAGCCUUGGAGGCUCCCCUUCCCAUUCUCUUCCCCUCCCCGUCUCCAGGCAGUUCCACACAUGGAUUGCUGUGUAUCAGCACGGUGCCACUGCAGGCACCCAGCAGCUCAGGUUGAGAUGCUGCCGCGUGGAAGGGAGAGAGGGGUGCUGUGGAGCAAUCCGCCGUUGUUCCCAUCUGGAGAUGGGGAUGUGGACGUGUGUGACACAAGCUGCUCUGUGCUGUUUGUUUACAGAUGUGAGUGGAAGUGAAUGGGGUGCAGAAUCCCAGCCGGCUCCAGGGUCGGAAGCUCUAGCAGAUGGCAUGGAACUGCCUCCAGAGAGGGCCGUGCCAAACGCGCAGCUGCCUCCCGCGCAGGAGCCCCGCUGGCCUCCCAGGGGUCCUGCGAGACAGACAGAGAAACCGGGACGAGGAAGAUAUUCGCCGCGGUUUGCUCAUGUCCUGAAGGCAAUGACGGGGGAGAAGGAAGUGCCUGAGAUCGAUGGAGAGCCUGUGGACGAGGCCGUGCUUCAGGAGGGCAGCAGCCACACACUGCCCAUCUCCCGUGAAGGCACAGAGGACGUGCCAGCAGCUGGCGCUGCAGGUGCAGGAGGUGAAGAAGCCACCAAGGGCAUCUACAUUAAGGACGCCCCCAUGUUCUGCUUGAAAGGUGCUAUUGGUGUGUUUGUUCCCAUUCUGCUCCUGAUAAUUGUCUGCUGCAUUUGCAUCCGGCGGCGGCGGAAGAAACAACAGCGCCUCAUGGAAUCUGCCAAGGCCCGGUUUGCUGCCGGUGGACAAUCAGCACAUGAGCACAGACGGUCUCGGCACCAGCGGGCUCCACGGGUGCCAGGACGUCCUGCCCGGGUGCUGCGGAGCUCCAGCCCAUCGCGGCCCCCCAGGCCCAAGCGUGCCCCGACUCGGCUGCCCCCGGCGCGGCCCCCGCGGCCCCCCAGCCCGGCCAUGUACACCAGGAAUAAGCCCCAGCCCCGCCGGGCACCGCCACCGCCACCACCCCGGUCCUACAGGGGAUGGUAGCAGUCUCCCUGGGGCUGGGCACCACGUCCCACACCUGGACAGCCGCUGCUGCCAUCCACUGUGGCUGUCCAGAUUUCUAUUCCAGUCUUCUAUUCCAUCAAUAAAUAACAACAUCAUUUCCCAACUGUGUGAGAGCUUGCUUGAUCCGUGCAGGACACAGGAUGCAGAA